UCAGUGACGGCUGAGUGCUCCAAGCAGCAGGAGAAGCUGUUCCAGAGGACCAUUUCUGUGGUGGACACUCCCGGCCUCUUCGACACCACGAUGUCUGAAGACGCCGUGAAGAGGGAGAUCUCCAAAUGCAUCAACAUGUCGGCCCCGGGGCCCCACGCCAUCCUGCUGGUCAUCAGGGUGGGACCCUUCUCUGCAGAGGAACGGGACGCCGUGAAGAAGGUAGAGGAGAUCUUUGGAGAGGGUGCCUGGAGGUACACCAUGAUCCUCUUCACCCACGGAGACAAAGUCGAAGAAGACUUUGAUGAGUUCAUAAAGGAGGAGUCGGGACCUGAGCUGCAGGAGGUCCUGAUGAAGGCUGGAAACAGAUACCACGUCUUCAACAAUCUCAGAGCCAACGACCGUCGCCAAGUCCUGAACCUGCUGGAGAAGGUGGACAAGAUGGUGGCCGACAACGGAGGAGAGUCUUACUCCAACUACACAUACCUGCAGGUGGAGGAGAUGCUGAAACAGAGAGAGUCAGAGCUCAGAGAGUUCUACGAGAAGAAGCUGACGGAGGAAGAAGACAAGGUGAAGUCAGAGUACGAGAAGAAGCUGAAGGAGGCUCGGGAGGAGAAACAGCAGUUAGAGAAACGACUGCGGUGUGAGCUGGAGGAGGUGAGGAGGUACUAUCGGGCUUUAGAGAACGGAGUCCGUCAGGUCGUGGAGCAGAUGACCAGAGAUGACUGUUUUGAUGAAAUCCUCACCAAGUUCCACGAGACCUUGAAGCUGAACUGAAGUGAUGCUGACUCCCACUCACAGCACUCAACUCUCCACCUGGUUCAGAGGCCGAACACACUAAAGAUUUUGGGCGGUGCUGUUCCAGAAGCUUCCAUCAGCUUGUGGGGUCAUGACUUUGCUGGUGCAGCUGAAGGUGAUGUUUUCCAGGAGAGUUUGUGAGAUCUUCAGGAUUCAUGAGCUGGAAAUUUGUCCUGGAACUGCUGAUGUGUUUGCAGUAGCUGCAAGAAGCACAGGAUUACCUGUAGUUUAAAUCUGAGUUAAUAAUGGACUGCCAGCAGGAUGGGAGCAUGGAUCAGAGUGUUGCAUACCGACAGACUUUCCUUUUGUUCUGUUGCUCGCACAGUUAAAUAAAUGGAGCAAAUAUACAUUCACAGAAUGGAAUAGAAGGUGUUGAAGCUGACUCUGAGCUGCUUCUGCUCUUAAAUUAACUGAAAAUUUGUUUAUAGACAAAAGGUGAAGCAUGAUAGUUUAACCUUCCUCUUUAUGAUGGACGUGGGAAAUAAACUCUUCUCUAAUCAAGAAGUGGAAAGAGUGCCAGAUUUCCACAUACUCAGUCAUCAUGUUAACCAAAUGUAACUGUAACCAUGAUUGUUAGUCCACAUCAGAAUGAAAUUUGGUGCAUUUCCUCACCAUCAGAGUGUAUAGUGUAAUUAAUAAAUAAAUCUAAAGGGAUGAGAAAAAUCUCACAUAUGUUCACCUAGGAGUAGAAGAGAAAUGUGUCUAUAAGGGAUAAAAAGAGAAACUGUACAGAAUAUUAUAAAAAUAAGAUUAAUAGCUCUAGAAAAAUGCUGUGUGAAACCGUUUCAGGUAUGAAAUUGCUUUGUCCUAAAUAUACAUAAAAUGACAUAUUAAUGGUCAUAAGCUGACCCCACAGCCCGUUGUUCAUUCACUGGGCCAGGUAUUACACAAAUGUCCUGUUUGUAAGGUUGGAGACCUGCAGUGUUGAGAUGAAAUUAUUUGAAGUGCUUCAAUUCUAUGCUUUAUAUUAACUAAAAUGCCAUAUAACCAUAUAGUGUAGUAUUAAGUGGACAUGGCCCUGGAAAACAAAGGCAUUAGACUACGUGUCCUUGGGGGGUAGAAUGGUGCAGACUCUCGCCCACGCCGGCCUGGGAGAAAGUAGAUAACAGGGGACCAUGUUCUAGGAGAAAGUUAGUGAAACACUGUUGUUUAGACUAGAGAGGGACCAGCAGGCACCUAGUUUUUGAGAGACAAAGGUUGUUGAUUUCUGUGUAUCAAUGUGCUGCUGGAACUGCCCCAGUGGAUUUGAUGUGAAAAUCCCCACGUACAAGUAAUAAAAUUAAUUGUUUAUUCUGAGAAAAACAGGAAUGGGGUAUUACACUGUUUUAUGAUGCAUUAUACUGCUGAUUAAUAAGAAAUGCUGUUUGUGUAGAAUCAUGGCCUUAUUUGUCUGAUUAGAAAGAACAAAACAUACUGCACAGGAAGCCAAGAUCGUAACGUAGGCUCACUGAGAGAAAGAAUGUGAAGGCUUAGUUUGGGCCUCAAGCUAUAAGAAUGUGAGAAAUGGUCAGACACUUGGAGAUCUCGCCGGACACCCUCCUGUGCACAUCUCCCGUCCAGCCGUUUGUAAUGCUCUAAGUGUUUGUAUGGAAUAAAGAGAUUGUUGAGCAUUAAACACCCAGUGUUGUUCUUCCUUCAGCCCAAAG